GAAUAAGUAGAAGCAAAAUCCAAUUGAAGGAAGUAAAGAGUGCAAGUGAGUCGACUACAACUACUGGGAAAGUUCAUGGCUAUCACCGCCUAUACGUUGAUUUAUUUUCGUAGUAUAUCGUUUCAUCUCUUUUUUUUUCACUAUUGCUUCGCAUAUAAACACUGUGUGAGAGAUUUUCCACACAUUGUUUUUCGCAUCCUUCGUUCUCACACACGCAGAGACGACGACGACAGAAGAAGAAAAAAUUUUUCCCGUGUAUGUUAUAGUUUGCGAAAAUUAAACAAAACCAUUGCAGUACGAGUUGCACAGUUCGAUUGGCAAAGUGAAGAAAUCGUUUUGGAAAAAUGCUCCAAUGAGUGAACAAUUUGUUGAUGCAUUUGUCAAUACCAAUUCAUAGAUAAGAUUUAUUUUUGAUAAAUAUUGUGUGUAGAAGUGUGAAAUACUCAAAGAUAAAAUGAUGGAUCGAACAAUGUUUAAUCCAUCGGGUGAUGAUGGUGUGAUAUCUACAAACGAUGAUGCGAGCGGAUGCAAAAGACAUGCAGUGCGUGUGGGAUAUUGGAAAGACGAUUAUAUUGGUUCAUUUGUGAGUAAUACAGAUAGAAAAGCACCUGAAAUAAAUCGUGGGUACUUUGCUCGCGUCAAGGGCAUCGAAAUCUUCAUCGACAAGUUCUUAGAGAAAACUGGCGACAAAUGUCAAAUCAUAAAUUUGGGCUGCGGUUUUGAUACGCUUUAUUGGCGUCUUCGAGAUGCUGGCCAUAUGAUAACCAACUUCAUCGAGUUAGAUUUCCCAAUGGUGACAUCGAGAAAAUGUAUGGCAAUCAAACGACACAAGAAUCUUCUAUCGAAACUCCAUUGCGAAGAUGGUGAAGUACGUUUCAAUCCAACUGAUAUGCAUGCAGCAAAUUAUCAUGUGAUGGGCGUUGAUUUGCGACACAUCGAUGAAAUCGAAAAUAAAUUAAAACAAGCCGAAGUGGACUUUACGUUGCCAACAUUGUUUUUGGCCGAAUGUGUCUUGGUGUACAUUGAAAGUGAACACUGCUCAAAUCUCUUAAAAUGGUUGUCUAGUCAUUUUUCGUCAGGCUUUAUUGUAAAUUAUGAACAAGUCAAUAUGAACGAUCGUUUUGGCGAAGUUAUGCUCUCCAAUUUACGAUCACGUGGAUGCGAUUUGGCUGGCGUUGAAGCAUGUCAAACUCUCGAUACACAGAUCGAUCGAUUUUUAAAUUGUGGUUGGCAUGGAGCCAAAGCAUGGGAUAUGGUUCAAGUUUAUCAAAGCUUACCAUCGAAUGAAAUACAACGCAUAGAAAAACUUGAACUACUCGAUGAGGCUGAAUUGUUGACACAACUUUUUCAGCAUUAUUGCAUAUCGAUUUCCUGGACCGGUGAAGAAUUUGAAGACAUUGAAAUUACCUAACUGAAUAUGUCAUGUGUCGAAUCGUAUGUGUAUGUAUAAGUCAUCGUUUUUUUCUGAAUUUCAUCGUUAUUCUGUCAUUUGAUGCGUCUGGCGUAAUUUGUUGCAAUGAACAAACAUCACUCUUACCAACAAAUUUAGAAAACAUUUGACGAAUGGUUUAGUCGAAGAAAAGACAUAAUUAAGCAAAUCUUAUGAUUUCGUUCUUCAAUUAUUUAUUAUUGAACAAAAAAAAUCAUCUACUCUUUAAUAUAAUAUAAUUAUAUUCGAUUGCUAGAAGAAAAAAAAAGACAGAAAAAAACGAAAACUGUUCAGAUAGGACAAUCAAAUUUAAGCAAAUGAAAAAAAAAAUUAAACCAAAUGGUGUAGAACACUAUCGACUAGAACCAGUACACCAAUAUUUGAACACGAAAGCAAAACAAAAAUAUUUUAUCAUUGUGUUUACUGUUUACAUCUUUCUUCUUUCUCAUUCGUUCUCUUUCAUCUGAAUGUCUGAAAACAUAUUGUAAUGUAAAACUCGAUGUAACAAUUUCAAAAUGGUGUAUGUAUGUAAAAAAAACUAAUCGUGUGCAUGUGAGAUUUCAAAAUUGAAUUGGAAACCAAAUUUUGUUGUAUAAAUUUCUCUGGAGGUGGUGUAAAAACGAAAGUACAAUAAAAAAUUGAAAAUAUAUUACAUUAAUUGUA